AUGGACGCCAUCAAGAAGACUUUCGCGCAAUGCAAGAAAGAGGGCAGGUCUGCACUCGUCACGUAUGUGACUGCAGGCUUCCCCACCGCCCAGGAAACGCCUGAUAUCAUGCUUGGAAUGGAAGCAGGUGGCGCUGAUGUCAUUGAGCUUGGAAUGCCUUUCACGGACCCCAUUGCGGACGGUCCCACGAUUCAGAAAGCCAACACCCAAGCCCUCAAAAAUGGCGUCAACACGACCGAAGUGCUCCAGAUGGUCCGAGAUGCAAGGAAGCGUGGCCUCAAGGCACCGGUUAUGUUGAUGGGAUACUACAACCCGCUGCUGAGCUAUGGCGAAGAACGCAUGCUGCAGGAUGCGAAAGAGGCAGGCGCCAACGGCUUCAUCAUCGUAGAUCUUCCUCCCGAGGAAGCCUUACGCUUCAGGAACUUCUGCCGCAGCUACGGGUUAUCUUACGUUCCCCUCAUCGCUCCCGCCACGUCCGAACAGCGUAUGCGUGUCCUUUGCAAAAUCGCCGAUUCCUUCAUCUACGUCGUCUCACGCAUGGGCGUUACUGGUGCUAGUGGCACCCUGAACGCUGCUCUUCCGCAAUUGCUUGAACGAGUACAUAAGUAUUCCGGAAACAUUCCCGCUGCGGUCGGAUUCGGUGUCAGCACGCGCGACCACUUCUUGAGCGUCGGAAAAAUCUCAGAGGGCGUUGUGAUUGGUAGUCAGAUCGUCAAUGUGCUGGCUGAAGCCGCUCCUGGUGAGGGUGCCAAGGCGGUUGAAAAGUACUGCGACGAAAUCUGUGGAAAGAGUAGCCGUAUGAGCACAACUCGUGAAGUCGGAAUCAUUGAGACCAUGGAUGCCGCCAAGGAACCCAAUGGUGUUCAAGUGGACAAGGUCAUUACUGACGCGGAUGUUCCCGAGGGUCCUGGACUCGCAGACCAGAUGGAGGCUCUCAACACAGAUAUGGACAGCGGCGACGAAAGCGCGCUUCCAGCUCGAUUUGGCGAGUUUGGCGGUCAGUACGUGCCAGAAUCGCUUAUGGAUUGUCUCGCAGAGCUCGAAAAGGGGUUCAAUGAUGCGAUCAACGAUCCAAAGUUUUGGGAAGAGUACCGGUCCUACUUCGACUACAUCGGACGUCCUGGGCAUUUACAUUUGGCCGAACGCCUCACAGAGCAUGCUGGCGGUGCCAAUAUCUGGUUGAAGCGAGAGGACUUGAAUCAUACUGGCAGUCACAAGAUCAACAAUGCACUGGGACAGAUCCUCGUUGCUAAGCGACUUGGAAAGACGGAGAUUAUCGCAGAGACUGGAGCCGGUCAGCACGGUGUUGCGACUGCUACCGUCUGUGCCAAGUUUGGCCUGAAGUGUACCAUCUACAUGGGUGCGGAGGAUGUCAGGCGUCAGGCAUUGAACGUCUUCCGCAUCAAGUUACUCGGUGCUCAGGUCGUCGCUGUCGAAGCUGGUACUGCGACCCUGCGUGACGCGGUCAAUGAGGCCAUGCGGGCGUGGGUAGUUAAACUGGACACCACCCACUACCUCAUUGGCUCGGCGAUUGGUCCUCAUCCCUUCCCUACGAUUGUUCGCACGUUCCAAUCCAUCAUUGGCAACGAGACCAAGCAGCAGAUGCAAGAAAAGCGUGGCAAGUUGCCCGAUGCGGUGGUUGCUUGUGUUGGUGGUGGAAGCAACGCUGUUGGAAUGUUCUAUCCUUUCUCCAAAGACCCGUCGGUUAAGCUUCUGGGUGUGGAAGCUGGUGGUGACGGUAUCGACACCGACCGCCACAGUGCUACCUUGACCGGCGGCUCUAAGGGUGUGCUCCACGGUGUCCGCACCUACGUCCUCCAGAACAAGCACGGACAGAUCACUGACACCCACUCUGUCUCUGCUGGUCUCGACUACCCUGGUGUAGGACCCGAGCUUGCUUCUUGGAAAGACAGCCAGCGUGCCAAGUUCGUCGCUGCUACUGACGCUGAGGCAUUCAUCGGCUUCCGUCUGAUUUCGCAGCUUGAGGGUAUCAUCCCGGCACUUGAGUCUGCGCACGCAAUCUGGGGAGCUCUUGAGCUGGCGAAGACGAUGGAGAAGGAUCAAGACAUCGUCAUCUGUCUGUCGGGCAGAGGUGACAAGGACGUGCAGAGCGUGGCCGACGAGCUGCCCAAGCUCGGCCCGCAGAUCGGAUGGGACCUCCGCUCAAACACGCUGGACCGCAUCGCCCAGCACCUCGACGGCCCGAACCAAGACGCGUUUGAGCUCCAGGAGCUUCCCAAUCGCACAGCCAACAGUCGGAAAGAACACAAGAGGGCGCGCAAGAGGCGGGAAAAGCUCGAGCGGCUUCGUGCGGCUGACGAGAUGAAAUUCUCGCACAGCCUGCAGUUCAAUGCGGUGCCCGACUGGAGCAACCACUACAUUGCCUACAGCAACCUCAAGAAGCUCAUAUACACGCUCGAAACACGUCUGAACCAGCAGAACACUCACGUCGAUGCUGAAUCCUCGCCGCUGCUGAACGGCGCCUCCGAAGACCCAGACAAGGCUUUUACACGUGCCUUGGACGUUGAGCUUGAGAAGGUCAUCUCCUUCUACCAGAUCAAGGAGAGCGAGGUCUAUGGCGAGGUUGAAGAUAUACUGCAGGAUGAGGAAACCUAUGAGGACGAGCAGGAAGUGUACGAACAGGAACGGGAGGGCGCACCGCAGGGCAAGAAGGCCCGCAGCGGGAGCAUUUUCAAGAACAUUGGUUUCAACCGCGCACGUGGUGGCAGCACAAACAGCAAGGCCUCUACCAUAACCGAAGAAGACGAGGACUCGGACGACGGUGCGAACGAGACGUCCUUGCUGCGGAGGAGAAGCGAGGAUGGACACCGGCCGCGGCGAGCCUCCACCGACAAUUAUGCUUCGGCAGAGGUUGCCUCGUCCCGCCGAAGGACCAGCCAGGCCUUUGAAGACUACAACGACAUGUCGUUCUCGGUUCUCUACGACAAGGGCGUAUCGCUCAAGCAACGUACCGUCAGCAUCUACGUGUCCUUGUGCGAGCUACGGUCGUUCCUGCAGCUUAACAAAACCGGAUUCGAAAAGGUUCUGAAGAAGUACGACAAGAUUAUGGACCGAAAGCUCAAGCGCGCGUACCUCGAAGAACACGUUUAUCCCGCAGAGCCUUUUCAGAAAAGCACAAUGAACAAGCUUACGCAGAACCUCUCCCGUAUCGAAAUCAUCUAUUCGCGCAUAUGUACAAAAGGGGAUGUGGACGAAGCGAAGCGGGAACUGAGGUUGCAUUUGCGGGAGCACGUUGUGUGGGAGCGCAACACGGUCUGGCGUGAGAUGAUUGGUAUCGAGCGCAAAGCGCAAAGUGCGAAUAUUGGACUUAGUCAAUUGCUCGGGCGUGAUUCUGAUCCGAACAAGGUUCGCCGCCAAGGUGACGAUGUUCACGCUGACAUCGCCGAGCUCAAGACGCCCAUCGGAAGAUAUAGAUGCCCUGCAUGGUUGCUAAGCUCCCAGUUCUGGGUCGGCAUCCUCAUCCUUGCCAUCUUCAUUGUAUUGUUGGUGGUGCCCAUCAUGGAGAAACCAGAACAGCAAAACUGUCUGGCUAUGGUGAUAUUCGUCAGCUUGCUGUGGGCUACGGAGACAAUCCCUCUCUUCGUUACCUCUCUUCUUGUACCCUUCCUAGCCGUCACUCUUCGAGUCGUCCGGAACGAUGACACUGGCAAGCGUCUUGAGACAAAACCCGCAACGAGCUAUGUCUUUGCUGCCAUGUGGACGCCUGUGAUCAUGCUUCUCCUGGGUGGCUUCACCAUAGCAGCAGCCUUAUCCAAGUACAAUAUUGCCAAAAUUAUGGCCACCUUCGUGCUCAGCAAAGCUGGGACGAAGCCCCGUACUGUGCUGAUCACUAACAUGUUCGUUGCCAUGUUUGCCAGCAUGUGGAUUAGCAAUGUUGCUGCGCCUGUUCUUUGCUUCUCUAUCAUUCAACCCAUACUCCGCAAUCUACCUUCCGACUCCAACAUGACCAAAGCGCUCCUCCUCGGUAUCGCACUCGCUUCCAACAUGGGCGGCGCAGCUUCCCCAAUCGCCUCACCACAGAACCUUAUAGCCCUGCAGAAUAUGGCUCCAGAACCAUCCUGGGGCAUAUGGUUCUUCAUCGCGCUCCCCGUCUGCAUCAUCUCUAUCCUUCUCAUAUGGCUACUCCUGCUUGUGACCUUCCAGCCGGGGCGGAAUACCACCAUCGUGCCGAUCAAACCCGUUAAGGAUAAAUUCACCGCCACGCAAUGGUUCAUCUGCAUCGUUACCCUCGCCACUAUCGCCCUUUGGUGCGUCAGCCACCAGCUCGAGCCUGUCUUUGGCGACAUGGGCGUCAUUGCCAUCAUCCCCAUCGUGCUCUUCUUCGGCACUGGUAUCCUCAACAAAGAAGACUUUAACAACUUCCUGUGGACUAUCAUCAUACUCGCUGCUGGUGGUCUAUCCCUCGGCAAAGCGGUCAACUCUUCAGGUCUACUGCACACUAUCGCAGAGUCCAUCACGAGUAGCGUAGAUGGCAUGAGCUUGUACGGCGUUCUCAUCGUCUUCGCCGGACUCAUCUUAGUGGUGGCGACAUUCAUCAGUCAUACUGUUGCUGCUUUGAUCGUGCUGCCGCUUGUGCAGCAGGUUGGGCAGGGCAUGGCGGAGCCGCAUCCGAAUCUUCUUGUCAUGGGUAGCGUGCUCAUGGCUAGUGCGGCUAUGGGAUUGCCAACGAGUGGAUUUCCGAAUAUGACUGCCAUCAUGAUGGAAGACCAACGCACUGGACAACGCUACCUCGACGUCAAACACUUCCUCACUCGCGGCAUUCCUGCCUCGCUCAUCGCCUUCGUCGUUGUCAUUACUGUUGGAUAUGGAUUGAUGCUUGCUGCGGACUUCUGA